ACCUGAGCCGAAGGCAGACACUUAACUGACUAAGCCACCCAGGCUCCCCUCAGCUGCUCUUUUAAAGCAUAAUAUUGGCUUUAAAGCUAGGAAGCCUUAUUCCUUAUCUUUUUAUAUUCUUAACACUCAAUCAGCCAGUUAUGAUAAUUCUUCCAUUAUAAAUACACAGCCCUUUAUGGUUUUGUGUAUUGAUUUUAUAUCCUGCAACUUCAUUGAAUUCACUUAUUCUCACAGUUUUGUGGUAGAGUCUUUAGGGUAUUCUACAUAUGAUAUCAUGCCAUGUGCAAAGAGUGACAGUUUUCUUCCAUUCUGACUUGGAGGCCUUUUCUUUCUUUUUCUUGCCUAAUUGCUCUGGCUAGGACUUUUGAUACUGUGUUGAAUAAAAGUGGCAAAAGUAGACAUCCUUCUUUUGUUCCUGAUGGUAAAGGAGAAGCUUUCAUAUUUUCACCAUUGAGGAUGAUGUUAGCUGAGGGUUUGUCAUGUGUGGUCUUUAUUACAUUGAGAUAUGUUCUGUCUUUGUUGAGAGUACUUACCACAGUGGAUGUUGAAUUUUGUCAAAAGCUUUUUCUACAACUAUUGAGAGGACCGUAUGAUUCUUCUCCUUCAUUCUGUUAAUGUGGUGUAUUACACUGACUGACUUAUGAGGAUGGAACCAUCCUUGUGUCCCUGGAAUAAAUCCCACUUGAUCACAGUGUAUAAUCCUUUUAAUAUAUUGUCAAACCCAGUUUGCUAAUGUUUUCUUGGGGAUUUUUGCCUCUCUGUUUAUCAGGGAUAUUGGCCUGUAGUUCUUUUCCUUGCAGUGUCCUUGUGUGUUUUUACUGUCAGGGCAAUGCUGGCCUCGCAAAGGCACCUGGAAGCUUUCCUUCCUCUUCUAAGCCCUUAAUGGUUUUCAGAACAUUUUUACAUUCUCAUUGUGGUCCUAUGAGAUGGACAUUGAUUAUUAUCCUGAUUAAUACAUGGGAAGAACUGAGGCUCAGUGAAAAAAGAAAUUAAAUUUUAAAAUGUUGUCAGAAGAUGGUCCUUGACCAAAGGCCUUAUGGCCCCCAAACUGCCGAAGCACUAUAUAAAAACGCUAGGAGAAGAGGUAAAAUAAGGGAUGUGGGAUUAGUGGCUUUGAAUGUAUUGAUAUUGGUGCAUUAUGUUCACGAACAAGAGGAAAAUGCACUCAAAUUUCUGGCCACGGGGCCCUGUCACACCUUAGGCCAGCAGUGGCUCAGGAACAGCUUUCUUUUGGCUGCCUGUGUGUGUGACGGGCGGGGAAAAUGGGUGACUUAACAGUUCAGUGCAUUUGAUCCAGAACUUCCUUUAAACCUCACUGCAGACAUAAUCACGUGGCAUUACAUCUGUCAUGAUAGUUCCUUUUUAUUAUGUUAAUUCUUCCUCUGUCUCAUCUGCUUUCCCCUUAGCUCUCUCUGUGUUAGGCUCAGACCAAAUUUUUUUCUAAAGAAAUAAGAUCUUUCUCUGUAAGGGUGUAGGCUCCAUUCUUGACUUCAGAUCGAAAGUUUGCUGUUUUCCUGGCCAAAUACAUCUACUGAACUUAAUCCACGGACAUUUCUUAGAAUAAUUUUUUUCCGUUUUUGCUUUUAAUUAUUUUUUGCUUAUAAUUCACAACUUUAGUCAAUUUGAUUGUUCCUAUUUUAUGAUUAAAGAACCUGAAUCAUAAGAAGCUCAUGUGACUUACUUCAAAUACAAGCCAGUCAGAGUUCAAAUGAUUGUUUACUCUCUACUAGUUCCUACUGCAUUGAAAGACAUCUCCAAUUUAAGAAACAGGUUAUGUUCCAAAAAUCCAUUUGUCAGUCAUGAUUUGGCACUUGGACUGCAUUUUACCAAUGGUGGGGGGAAAUGUUAUAACCUGUGAUUAGGCCCCUUGGCCGGCUUACAGAAGUCUGUUUAGCUCUUAUGUAACCACCUAAUGAUGCAUUUGCAGUAGAAGUAAGAGAAUGAUCGUGGGAUUCUGGUUACGACGAAAACUCUUCCCCGGAGAAGCGUCCAGUUGGGAGAUGGGGACACAGAGGGAACUGGAGAGUCUACAGGGACAUCACGGUGCUGUGAAGGCUGCUAGAGGCUGGGACACUGCCUAAAGCCCAGGUUCUUGUUAAAACAUUGAGGAUUAGGUGGUUCUUAGACACUUGGCGCCGGCAUAACUUCUGGGACAGCUGUGAUUAGCAUCGACAGGACUGAUGGACAACAUAGAUUAUCUGAGAUGAUAUUAACGAACCUGAUGGUAAAAACCAACCAGCAAAUCAGAGAAAACAUCCCCCCUUUGGUCCUCCAGGUGGCAGGGUCAGUGGAGCUGCGGACCCCACGAGCUGGGGCAGCCGGGCUGACUUCUGGAGAGAAGGCAAGGGUCCCAGGUCGGGGGGAGAGGAGUCCGUGAUGUCUCUGUGUGGAGUGUUUGUCCACGAGUGUCUGGUUCUGGGAAGUGACUGCAUUUAUGUCCUGUGGCUAGUGCUUCUUACACGUUCUAGGCUGCCUUGCACUUCAGCGUACAAGCAAGCAUCUUAAAUUUCACUUGGCUUUGGAAAAAGUCUGGUGCCUCUUUAGGUGCCCCCUGAUUCAUGUCUUAAUUGUUCUCAGACAUUUGCAUGCAGCUUUUUUUGUUGUUAGCAAAAGGGAGUACAUUCUUGGUGAGAGGAAGCUGCUGUGACAGAUCCUCCAGGGGAGGCCCUGCCCUCCCCCUGGGCCGGUGACAGUGGGCCUACCAGCACCCUGUGCCGGGUGCCUAUCCCAGAGAGGGAAACUGCCUUUACUACAUGUUCAGGACCCCUCCCCGUUGUCCCUGCAGAGGAGGUUGGGACCUGUGACCACUUUCAGAAGUGAUAAGACAGGAGGAGAGAAGUCAACAUCCACCUGGUUUUAUGUAUUCUGAUGUUUUAUAGAUUCUUUGUCUUUCCACUAAAAUAAUUUACAAAGAAAUUGUUUGACAUCCAUGUAAUUCUUCUGUCUCUUAUGAUGUUGAAUUUGUGCAUGUGUUUGAGUAGUCUUUUUCUGUCCGAAAGGUAAAUACAGUAAUGAUGCUGAAUUUGUGCCCAGCGUCUUCUGGGCACCAGGAUCAGAUUGGAACUGCGCAUCGCUGUGGUGUGCUCUGCUCAGAAAUGCCCCUGCCAUGGGGCAGGUGUUGGGUGAGAAUGCACACGGGACCUUCCUGGUAGGGGCCCAGGUUUGCCAGAUUGGAUGACCAUAUGCUCAGACUGAGCCAAGGUGAUUUCUUCUGGUGCCUGUGUGACCGCAGGAGGCGGGGAGAGACCGGGGAGAGACUGCUCUGGAGGCUCUUCUGUCUGCUUGAGGAGUGCCCUGCCUGAAGGGCUAGUGAACUGCACGGGCUCUUGCUUUUUUCUCAUUGGCUUUCACAUGCUGGUUAAACAGACUCCCGGCAGUGGGUGACCCGUUGUUCUUACUGCAAAUUCCCAGAUUUUGUGCAUGUGGUCAGAGGUGAGGUGGGUGAGUGGGGAGGGAGGAAUUUGUGUGUUUUUGCUUUCGUUUGUUGACGGGACAGAAACAUGCUACUGGUAAUUUGUUAAUUUUCCUUUACAUUGAAAGCCUGGACCUUCUGGUAAAAGGAAGAAAAGUUAAAAACAAAAAUCUCAUUUCAAGCAAAUCCUGCUCAUACUAUUUUCUCAUGUGCAAGAUAUGCUACAUAAUGUAGAAGACAAAGCAAUAAGUUCUUGGCAACUUACGUGGCUUGUUCAUUUUUUAAGCAUUAUAGUCAUCAGUUGAGGAGGAAAAACUCUGGUGUCUGAUAUCUUGGCUGCAGCAAUUCUUGGCUUAGCUGAUUACUUUUUAUUUUCUUUUGUUUCUUCUUAUUCUAGGACCUGAGAGACUUAGGGGAAAAAUCAUAUGUUCUUGAGAUCUUUCUAAGACAUGAGAUGUUCUUAAGAUUAUUCAAAUUAUCUUAACCUUGACAACUCACUGCCCUCAUGGUGGCCCUUCAUUUUGUCAUUACUCCUGUGUCCUAACACCCCAUGCCUGGGUGAGGAGUCGAAGGGCGAUGUUGGUGCCCUCUCUCUCCCUGUCCUCUAAAAUGCGCCAAGUCUUACUCCAUACUUCACACCAAGGACAAGCACGGGGAGAGAAGGGUUAAAAGCAGAGGUGGGGAGGGACAGGUGGGUGCACAGAGCAGCUAUGGGCCCGAGUGCUGCGGGCCGCUGGGCCCCUUGUAGAGGCUGCUGCGUUCCCUCCACGAUUUCGACCCCUUCCAGUAGCUUUCCUGUCUUGUCUGCGUCUCUGCCUGCCUGCCUGGCACUGGCUGGUUUUAUAUCAUUUUCUCUCUUAGGGCCAAGAAUUUGGAACAUGGCUGUGAGCAACGGGAACUGUGAUUUUGUGGUUCUGAGCAACGGCAGCAGCGCAACCAGUGCCCCCAAGCCUGGCGCCCUCACUGCCUGUGAUGGGGACCUUGCCUCCCAGCAGCUCACACCCAGAGAGGCACCAAAAACAAAAGUGAGUCUGAAUGGAUGCCUGCAGGUCAAUGGCACUGUGAAGUCCUCCUUUCUGCCCGUGGACAGCCACCAAAGAGUGCCCACGAUGUUGUCCCCGUGCUGCCACCUGUGCCCGUUCCAUCAGCCCCUGGCCGGCCAGAGCAGUCACCCAGAGGGCCGCCCUGAGGCUGGCCCGGCCGCGCCUUCUGCUCUGGCCUCAUGCUGCACGCAGCCGCGCUCCGAGUAUUCUGCACCUCUGUGUCCCAGCCACUCGCCCGUCUACCAGACUGCGUGCUGCCUGCAGCCCUCUCCGUCCUUCUGCCUGCACCACGCGUGGCCCGGCCGUUUCCCACACCAGCCCAUGCAGCAGCAUGCGGCCGGCUUCAGACCACGCAGACCUUUCAAGUUGCCAAAAAGCUAUGCAUCCCUGAUAGCGGACUGGCCCGUGGUGGUGCUGGGCAUGUGCACCAUGUUCAUCGUUGUCUGCGCCUUGGUUGGGGUGUUAGUGCCCGAACUUCCCGACUUCUCUGAUCCACUGCUGGGUUUUGAGCCAAGAGGGACUGCGAUAGGCCAGAGACUGGUCACAUGGAAUAACAUGGUGAAAAAUACGGGAUACAAAGCAACAUUAGCAAAUUAUCCUUUUAAAUAUGCAGAUGAACAAGCCAAAAGCCAUCGGGAUGAUAGAUGGUCAGAUGAUCACUAUGAAAGAGAGAAAAGAGAAGUUGACUGGAACUUCCACAAAGACAGCUUUUUCUGCGACAUUCCGAGUGACCGAUAUUCCAGAGUAGUAUUUACUUCAGCUGGAGGGGAGACACUAUGGAAUUUACCUGCCAUUAAAUCAAUGUGCAAUGUAGAUAAUUCAAGGGUAUGUAAAGAAAAACUGAAAUGUGUUGAGAACAAACAAGGUUGUAUUUUAGCCAGUCCAUUCCCUGCUGACCCUGGUGACUCAUGGGAUGAGGGUACUUACUUGGGCCUUACUCCUGGGGACCGCACGCCCGAGCCCGGCUCGCAUGCUUGUAGACCCCAGGAUCUAAGCGCUUCUGCGUGGCCCCAUCUUUGACACCCGCCACCUUCUCCAGAGAAGAGCUCUUUCCUUGCUGCUGCCCCAUCCUCUGGUGUUUCACAGCUCAGACUUUGUCUCUCCUUUUCUUGGAUGGUCUCUCUCCUAAGCUGGUUGUUUCCUCCUGAAGCCACUGUCAGCAUCUCAACUCUGCAGUGAACAGCCUGCCUCUCUGGCAACCAGUGGGUCUCUGGGACAGAUUUAGGGCACAGGCUGGGAAAGGGGACACCCAGGGGUGCAAGUGUCUGUGUAAAUGAUGAGGAAUCCAGCCCAGAUUGCCCUGAACUCUGAACACCUUGAACACAGACGAAUCGAGACAAAAAGCCCUCUGCUCUCAGUCUCUGGAGCUGAAAGAUGUCAGCCCCAGAAACUGUGACAUCUACCUCUGGGCUUGGAAGAUCUGUCAGUUCUGUGUGCUCAGAGGCAGAUUAUCCCAGGAGAGACUGCUGUCUGCGGUCACUGCUGCACCUGCCCAAGGCCAGGAACCAGGUGGAAAAGGGGCUCAUUGUAUGCCUAGCGUAACUAUAAUGCGGAAACUCACUACUAGAAGGAAGUGUAAUCAUACGCCCUCCUAAGAGCUAGCCUGAUCCCUGGUGCAGGCGCCUGCGCUGGCCAUAGGGCUUCUCAGGGAAGUAGACCGGGCUCCUGGUGGUCACCGGGUCAUCUCUCAUCGUGCUCACGCACACACCUUCCCCUCUUGGGUCCCAGGUCUCCCAACUUUAGUCUUCAUUCUGAAAGAUGGUGUGUGUUGUCUGCCGGUCCAGCUAGCAGGAUUUUCUGUGAGCGCCAUCUUUUCUCCACCCAGCUCAAACAGACCAAAGUCACCAACCUCUCCACACAAACGAAGGUUCUUAACCACUGGUCAAUUUAUAUCUGCCUUAUUGUCUUCUCUCUACAGCUAUCAGUUCAUUAUUCGGAGGCUGUGAACGUGUUACAACCCCCCCUGUGUAGAAAGUUAACUUUAGAGGAGUAAAUACUUACAGUACUUAGUAUGUGCAGGACUUCCUGCUUGGCACUCUCCAUCCCUCCCCGCAGUCAGCACCUGGCCUUGGCACUUGUGACCCGUCUUCACAGACAUACUCACAGAACAGUUCAGUAACUCCACACUUUCUAGGCCUCGAUUCUCUACCUUUGCUGUUGACCUUUAGACCUUCCCUCCCCUGAAGAUUCUCACGUGAGCAGAUCCACACAGCUGAUUAAUUUGUCAGGGUGUCCCAAACACUUGACCAGGUUAUUUCAUUUACUCCUUGUGACAGUGUUAAGGAAUUGAGGAUCCUGAGUGGGAAAUAGCAUAUAGGAUACAACAAGACAAGGGAAAAAGGGUGGUUGUCUUCUGCAUGUGAUGCAUGGUGGGAAAGAGACUCAAGGGAGACUGGGUUCAAAUCCCACAUCCACCUCUUAUCCUCGACGUGGACUCCCCCGUCCAGAACACAGGCAAAUAAUAGGAUUUACAGAGUCCUCUUGGCCUUGAACCAGCAACAGCUGAUUCUAUGAGUGCCACUGGGACUCUCAAGCCCAUAAGCAAUGCUUUCAUGAAUGGAAGCAGGAUAUUAUUUCGUACACAUGUGAGUAUGUAUCAGAUGAUAAAAAUCAGCGUGAGGAGGUAGCUCACAAAAAGGCAUACAGAGAGGGUAAUAUAACUAAAUUGAAGGGAAAAUCGUGGGAGGAAAAGGUAAAGCCACAGGUGUGAUUUGUAUGCAGCGAUGCAUGCCCACAGUCCCCCACGCUCACCGGUGGUGGCUGCACACCUGUCUCCUCCUUCCCUGGCCGCCAGAGCAACUUGGAAUUCGCAGUCGGUGGCAAAAGUCCCAAAGAGGGCAACAAGCUGGGGUUUUAGAAGAAGCCAGCCUUCCCUCACACAAGUGGGGGAGCACCGUCUCCGUGGCCCCUGUAGAAGCGUAAUGUCAUGCAUACAAUUCUUAGUUAGCAGCAUGUUCACGAGAUGCGCAGUCAUGAAUCUGAGCUGAUUUCUAAGCCAUGCUCAGGCUGGUAACAGGAGAACAUUAUGGCAAAAGCUAUUUCUACAAGAAAUUAAAGCAAUGAAGUCUAAGUGUGUGGCUUCCCAGUGGCCUAGCUUGACGGCAUUUGCAAAGUGUAUAGACUGUGGAAGGAGCCGUGUGCCUCCUUGUCUGAGUAUUUCCCUCUGUGGACUCAUAGUCAGGCCCAGAUGGCCCUGAGUUUGAGCGUGUGAUUCCUGGCAAAAACAUGGUGGGCACCUGGUCCUCUUCUGAAACAUUGAGGAACAGACCCAAGACGUGUCUGCAUGAAUGGUCAAGCCAGUUACAGAUCCACAAUGACAAAUGAAUAAACAGAGGGUCAGGGCCCCAGAAUUCUGCCUCACAGAGCAGGUUAUCAUUUUACUUGUUAAAUACUAUUUUUACCAGUUGCACACACCUUCGUAUUCCAGUCUUGGCCUCCGCAGUGAAUGCACAAUGAUAAACCUUAGUCACAGAGAUAACAUGUCCCGUGACACCCUAAGUGAUAACUGUUUCGUGGCAGUUCAGCCUGCAGAUUAUUACUGUACCCUUUUCGGGUCUCCCAGCUCGAGAGGCUUUGCAGAGUGCUUUCGGUCCUGGUGGUGACGCGAGUAAGUUGUGUCCCCUCUCCCUUCCCCUCCCCUGACUUCCCCACUGUCCUGCUUCAGCACUUGGCUAUCAGCAGCCAUCAGUGGGUGGGACAUACAGCAAAUGAUGCUGAGCAGAGCUUACCUGUGGGGUGAUGACUCUGGGAGAUGGCCGGCAAUGGGCACAGCAUCUUAAGCCAGACGUGGCCGUUGUCACCUGCCUGUGUUUCCAGCACAUGGAGCUCCAACCUGAGUCCAUUUCAGUUCAUGAUUCCGACGGGCUUUGGUUUCCAGAACAAAGGGCUCCUGUUUCUGAUGCCGUCGUCAUGUCCUCACAGAAUGCGUGUUUUCUUAGACACUUUCAGAAGGAGCCUCAGACAACUCCCCGGAUCUCCAUCCCCAGGGACGCCCUGGCAGACCGUCCAUCCGUAGCCACAGUGUGUUUCUCGGAUCUUGACUCUGCUGGAAACCCUUCUCCCUCUUCCUUAGUCUUUGCACUUCAUGGAAGUUAGAGCUCGAGGAAUAGCUCUGUAAAGGAGAUUUGAAAUUUAGUGCCUAACACUGUUUACUGCGUAGGUUUUGUGGACACAUGAGACCCCCUGGAGCUUAGUGGACCCCAGAAAUGUGCCUCCUGAUGCUUGUUUUAAAGAGGACUGGAGGGGUUUGUCACGUGGGAGGAGAGUGGAUGGGAUCCCGUAGUAGGGCCCAUUCUUUAUUCUUAUUCUGUUCUUAGCCUUUUACAAUAUCCCCAACCUCGCCAGUAGUUUUAAAAGUUAAGGUGUCAUUUAAAACUCUCCUUUUUCUGUCUUCUCUUGCUUCCCCCAAUUCUAAAUCAACCUCACCCCUGCUGCAGUCUGGCAACAGAUGUGUGCAUGGACAUAUAGCCGCAGAAGCAAGAUAAUUCCCUAAAACAUCCAAUCUGUGACUGACUAGAAUGAAAAGGACCACUUUCUCAUGAGCUACAAGAAAUUACUUCCACUAACUGUUCUUAGUUUGAAACUUAAAAAAUGUUGAAAUCAUUCCAAUGAAUCUCUUUCCCAAAAACAUGGCAGAAAGUACACCUGCCUUUUGUGUGAAGAUGCACCUGCUUGCAGUCUCUUCCAGCCCCACGAUGUAACAAAUGCCUGAGUAUCUCACCACCCUGUCACGUACUGCCAGGCUGGUGUCGCCAUCCCACCGCCCUUCAGACUUGGGCACCCCCCCUGCAGCUUUGCACGGACCCUGACGUUCAGUAUGCUCCUUCCCAAGCUGAACCCUGAUUUCUCUGUCUCACUGUGAGCAGCUCCGGGGCAAGGACCCCUGUACCCUCCUAUUCUAUGAGUGUAGGUGCUCAGUAAAUAUUGUUUUCUCUUUUGG